GGAAAGAGAGCGCCGGUUCGCGGACGACGAAGACGGAGCACCUCGGAACACACAGACAGAACUCGCUCUCGGCACUCGCGCGAGAGCGAGCGAGUCAGCUCCGUAUACACCACCGCGACUCGUGACAAACGCACGUGAUCGUAAUAGGGCAGCUCGCGGCUAUUUGCCCGGUACCAUCCCCUUUCGCCUGAUCGGGCCCGACUGUCCCUGUUUGCUUUGUUUUUCGAGAUAUUCGCGCGCGGCCGUUACCGUCGUCGCCGGUGCCGCUGCCGCUGCCGCUGCCGCCGUCGUCGUCGUAGUUUGCGCUGCUCGGACACGUCCGCCUCGUGGAUUCUGUUUAUCCCGCAGUCGGUCGGUGGGACGUACGGAGACACUCGGCCGAUCCAUCGAUCACGGUGAAUCGGCGCGCGGUGGCCGCGAUUCCGGGUACCACGAGCGCGAGCAAGCGGGUGACGACGAUCGAGGUUCCUCGUCAUCGGUGUCGUCGUUCUCUCGACGUCACACGCGACUCUCAUCGCGUGCACGGACAAUGAUCCCGAUGGACGGGAUCGUUACGGAGCUGGAGUGACGUUCAAUGUGUCGGAUCGAGGUGAUCUUGAAGUGGGACCGCUGAGGGAUCGGUGUGCAUCGACGGCCUGCGAUCGUGUCCUCUGCCGCGUCCUGUGACCGCGACGCGUGGCCCUCGAUAUUAUAUCGUCUCCGUUCGAAUUUCGUCUAUCGAGUUUCGAGGGAUUCAAGGGAUUUUGUUCGGUGGUGAACGGCCUAGCCGUGAACAGCGCCUCGAAGCGGGACCAGUCACGCUUCGCGGAUUUCUGGCGUCGUCGUCGUCGUCGUCGUCGUUGUCGUCGUUGUUAUUCGCAACCGGUGCCUGGCAUCCUCGUCGUCAUCGUCAUCCUUCCGUUGUCCUGGAACGGACGGGGCUCCUCGCGGUCCUGGGCCGCCCAGACCCGCUGAAAACUGCGACCGAGAAACGCGCCGCUGGAUGCCGGCGUGUUUUCAGCGGCGACUCGUGCAGCGAUGGAUCGCGCGAUAAGCGAGGAGACCACAGAUCCACUGAAAAUUGGCGGGAAAUGUCGCGCUUGCGUUACACGAAAAAAGUUUCACCCGUAAGAGCGUUCCGCUGAGCCGUGGAACGAGGCGGAUAAGAGAAAGAGGUAGAGACGCGUGUGCGACUCGAACCAAGGUAACAAGGAAGACGAAACAGGAGGGAAAGGGAAACAACGAAAGAAAGAGAUAAAGGGAGAGAAAAAGAGAGAAAGAAAGAGGAAAAUCUGACGAGAAACGUAGAAACACGGGGAUCGGAAGAAAGAAAGAGGCGAGGAAAAGCGGAGUGCGGCGACCGAUCGCGAUCUCGUGCAAAAAACAAAAUAAUGGGUUGAACCCUCUCGCCGGUGGUUUUUAUUUUCAAGCGGAAACCCGGGGAGGGAGAACGAGGAAAAGACGAGGGAAGAUAACGAGACGCCGAUGAGAACAUGCCCGCGCGGCAAGACGACGAGAUCGUCUUGAACAAUGCUGAACCUCUUUCGAAGAACUCGAUCCCACGGAUUUUCGCAGCCCGCGGCGAACACGGAGCUAACGAGACGGGUCUCCUUCGGCACGAGGUUGUGACACGGUGUCAGUGAAGUGUGAAUUUUUAUUUUGUCCCUUUUUCGCUCGGCGGCCCCACCCCGCCCGUCCACCAGUACGUUCAUCUUGGCCGACGCGGAAGGAUCAAUCCGCAGCUCGAUCGUCGUCGCGUUCUGCCGAACGAACCGCCUCGAACGAACGUACACACAUCGCGUGUACCGCGCGGCCUCCGGAUCGAUCGACGAGUGAAACAACUAAAGUUCCAGGCGGCAUCGAAAGUUUCCCGAACGGACUCCGUCGAUCGGGCACGAAGCAACGGAUAGGAACGCUUCGGACGGGAUCGAGUACGAGCACGCGUAAUCGAGUGUGCGACGCGCGUAAUCGUAUCGGGAUCGAGCGACACGCGCGACCAAGGCCACCGAAACCAUUGGCCCCGGUCUCCUUGUCCGGGAACAACGCUGAAUCGGAUCGCAUGAAUCGGAGCAACUCGGCGUCGCUGGACGCGUCCCGAAGACUGCCUCAGACUACCCGACACGGAACAACAGAGACUGACCCGGCGAGACGUGCCGAAAUUGUUCGGCCGCGCGGACAAUUUCAUUGAGAGUCCGGCGAGCGGCAAACGGUCAGCGACCCCGGCGAACCAAGCUCCGUUCCGAGAGGAAUGCUUCUUCGAAACCGUGGCAUCGGGACGCGCGAGCAUCUUGAAGGGAACCGUCUCCGCGGUGGUGGCUCGGUGGUCCAAGUGCCCGGCGAACUUCCCUCGAAACCUGGACAAAGCAUCUGGACAAAGACUGGCCCGGAGCGAGCGCGGUCUCUUUGUUGGCCUUGUGCGAAAGCCGGUGAUAUGAAAAGGUAACGAGUCGAACGGGGUGGAUGUGCAUCGCUUCGUGGACUGCAUGUUCCACCGGUCGUAAAUAAGUGAGCGCCGAGGUGACACGCGAUUCGUGGAUAGCUACCCGGGGUCCCGAGGUAACGCUUUAGAGACUGUCGCGCGACGCUGCGGAUCUGAUGGAUAACCGAUCCUCCAUCGGACAGAGGAGACCCGAGGAUAGUGUCGCAGCGAGGAUCGCGCGAGCGUUCGCGGGUUCGCAGUGAUUUCCUUCGGGGCUUGUCGCUCGAAAGGACUCUCUCGCGGUGUUAUUAGUUCCCUUUUUCAGGACCGCGCGAGCACGUAUCGUCGUAGAAGUUACUCGUCGGUCGAACGGCAACCAGUUAUGAGCAACCGAGCGGACGGAGGUCGAAAUCGGUCCCAGUAGUGCGGCGUGUAACGCGAAUGGUGACCGCAGUCGGUACCAAGGUGCACCAUCGCCGGCAUCAUUUCCUCUCCGUACAAUGGACGUUUUCAAAAUCGACCAGUCGCUGAGCGCGGGUCUGGGUAGCGCCCCGGCGCCAGACACCCUUACGCCGGAAGUGUCGUUCGACGCCGGUAGUGAGUUCAAUCUGAGCUUCUUCGACGGGCCGGAGGAGAACAGCACACAGGGGUUCAGCGAUCCCGGGUCCGUUGGUAGCGCCAGCGCAUCCCCGCCACCAGGGACACCCGGCAGCAUCCCUGUUAAUCCCCCGAACGCUGCCCUACCGAUAGUCCAAGUGCCCUCUGGCAUCGUCAUUAAGCAAGAACAACACUACGCGGCCGCCGAUUCGAACAGUUCGACGCCCGCGAAGAGUUUCGUGGCCUGUAGAGUUUGCGGCGACAAGGCGAGCGGUUACCAUUACGGCGUGACCAGUUGCGAGGGUUGCAAAGGCUUCUUCAGGAGAAGCAUUCAGAAGCAGAUAGAGUACAGGUGCCUGAGGGACGGCAAGUGUCUGGUCAUCAGAUUAAAUCGGAACCGCUGCCAGUAUUGCAGAUUUAAGAAGUGCCUAGCUGUCGGCAUGUCCAGGGACUCUGUAAGAUACGGCAGGGUGCCAAAACGUUCAAGAGAACGCGGCCCCGAAGACGCGGUACCAACGACCACCACUACAACGACAACGACCACGGGCGUGCAGCAACUGACAUCUCCCGGUGCUGGAAACAAUAACAACAACAACAAUAAUAAUAACAACAACAAUAACAACAACAAUACCAGCCAGAACAAUAACAACAGUCAGAGCCAGAACACCAUAGCUUGCGUGCCACCGGCAGCGGUGGUUGAAGCGGAUCAGUCGGACGCUGACGUGAAACAGUUGGCAGUGUACGACGUGAUACUUCAAGUUGCCCAGGCGCAUCACGCUCACUGCGGCUUCACCGAGGAAUCGACGAGAGGCAUCGUUCGGAAACCGAUGACAAUACCGGCGAGUGCUUCUUCGCAGCCCGCCAGUCCCGAGGACCCAGAGGCUGCGUCCUCGACAGCAGAGACAGUCGAGUCGCAAAGGAUCUGGUUAUGGCAACAGUUCGCCACCAGGAUAACGCCGUCGGUGCAAAGGGUGGUAGAGUUCGCCAAAAGGGUGCCAGGAUUUUGCGAGCUCUCGCAAGACGAUCAGCUGAUCCUGAUUAAGGUCGGUUUCUUUGAGGUCUGGCUCAGCCAUAUCUCAAAGAUGACCACUGACAGUUCGAUGACAUUCGAGGAUGGUACUUAUAUCACUAGGCAGCAAAUGGAAUUGAUGUACGAGCCGGAUUUUGUGUCCGCCUUGAUGCAAUUCACGUCGGCGCUGAACGGCCACCAACUGACGGACACCGAGUUGGGUCUCUUUUCCGGCGCCGUUCUUCUGGGCGAGAGGCCGGGAUUGAACGAUGUCAAGGCGGUACAGAGGCUUCAGGAUCGUCUUCUGGAGGCGCUGAAGGUGCAGACGUUACGGAACCACACGGUUCCUGGCGAGGCCACAUCCGCGGGCGGCUGUUCCAACGUCUCCAGCGUCUCGCAGAGGAUACCGGAGCUGAGAGCCCUGGGUGCCCGACACGCGAAUCUCCUUGAUUGGUUCAGAAGGAACUGGACUAAGCUCAAACUACCGCCCCUCUUCGCCGAGAUAUUCGACAUUCCCAAAUGCGAGGAGGAUCUUCAGUGAACAGAAUGUUUCAGAGUACAUCGAGUUAAUUCGACGAAAACGAACGGCCCCCCGGGAAAAUGGAACGGGAGAAUCCUCCGAUUGCCAGCGGUCAUCGCACAAACGCGGCUCGGACGUGCCUCGAGGACGAUUUGUUUUCACUCGUUGGCGAUGCUGCGCGCCUGGAGGAGGAGAAGGAGGAGGAGGAGGAGCCUCUGGAUCGACGAUCCGCCGCCAUUUCGGCGGGUCGAUCUCGCCGGAUCCAGCACCGUUCGUCUCAUUGACAAACGAACGGAAGAUGGAUCGUUCCACGGCGAGGCGGUACAGAUUGCUGAUCGAAGCUCCCCUGGACGCGAAGGACGGCCGAUUAAUAAACGGAACGAAAUAAAUCACACUGCGAUAUCAACCCUUGGAUACGAAAGCCGUUCCGGGCGUCCGAAAUCGAAAAGAGCUUCGUCGAGCACGAGGAUCCGUACCUAUUCGCCGCGGAACGCGUCGCGGGAAGCAUUUAAAAAUACUCAGUCGAUGAGGGGGAGGAUAGCAUUUGUUUCUUUUUUUCGUUAUUCUUUUCGUCCCGUGUAAAUUAGUCUCGCGCAUAUCGUUGUUGCAAUAAAGCGGCGCCGUGAUCGAACACGCGCCGCGCGGAAAAGAUAGCAUAAAACCGUGAUCGAUUUCCGGAGCGCCGUUUAUUAUGGCGCUACCGGUGAACGUUUUCGGGCGAACUUUUAGAGAACAUAAAGACGGAAGACCGAGGUAGUUUAAAAGAGGGCUCGAGGACAUUUUUUUGGUGGCGUGUGCCGCGCGUCGCCUAGCGUUCGCGUUCUCGAUCGCUCUAGAUCGGUCUCGAUCGCUCGCGGCCGGUCGGAUGGGGGAAAAAUACCGGCGGCCACAAACUCGCAGACAUAUCGCAAGCGAUGAUGAAACAUAUUUUUCCGUUCGUCCAUAGAAUCACCGGGUUCCCCAUCCGGCAGGGACGCGCGUCGACGGAAAUGGCGGACGCGCGCGACCAUAAGUCCAUCGGCGCAGCCGCGGGCAAGGUCUACGCGCGCGUAUCACACUUAUACAUAUUAUACAGAUAUUAUACAAGUACAGAAAAACAGGAAUGUUUCACGCUAUAAAGCUCAAGAGGAUGAUAAAUCUUUAUAGGAUCGUGUCUCUUUAGAUGCAUCCGCUACGAAUCUCAAUCUAUGCAAUCUCUAUUUUUAUUACUUGACAAGUAGUGUAUAGUGGAUUACCUUUAUAGAUAUUGUUGCAUCGCUUCAGGGUGUUCCGCGGGAACGGGGAGAGUAUAUGUAUAUCGUAUUCUUUCGUUGAGACCUCUCGGUUUUCUAAACGGCAACGGCUGAACGAAAAACUGCACGGAAGCUCGCGUUCCGCUCUACGGCCCUGCGCAGCUGGAAGCUUGGAAACCGGCCGAUCAACUUGGCCGGCCAACUCGAAUAACGCCGACAAAUCGAAUCCUGCUUCGGUCAUCCUGCAGGACUCCGUCGACUUUCCGGCUGCGCGUGGCACUGGGCGGUCAAAAGGGCAAAGGGGAAACGCGAGUCGAAGGUCGCGCACGGUGUGCACGAGUAACUUGUAGCGUUGGGUUGUUGCAAUUUGUUAUCGGAUCGAUCAAACGUCGUUCAUCGGCGAACAAUCAUCGACGAAGGAGAGAACGUUUCCCGGUGUUGUUGAAUGGACUCCUGAAGUGAGCAUGUUUCGAACUCUUCGAACUCUUGAACGCUAAAUAAAAAAAAAACUCUCUGACAAUGACUAGCAUGUAAUGCGUAUCGAUAUGUAUAUAUAUAUAAAAUAUACUUAUAAAUAUACAUUCA